UCUCUAAUACAAGACCGAAAGAGAGAAAAAUCCACCAAAAUUGGCGAAAAAGAUGAAGGAUUGCCAUGUCCUUUUAGUAAUGUAUCCAGCGCAAGGCCAAAUUAAUCCUUGUCUACAAUUCGCAAAGCGCCUUGCAAAAUUGGGCGUUAAGAUCACCUUCAUGACAAGUAUCUCCGCCAUCAAUCGCAUGCAGGAAUCCAUAGAAGGGGUAGACUUUGCAACCUUUUCGGACGGAUACGAUGCUGGGUUUAAGGGCUCCAUGGAAGAUGAGUACCCUGAGUUCUAUGCUUCUUUAAAGGCUAGAGGGUCCAAAGCCGUGGCAGACCUUAUCGCGGCUAAACGGGAAAAUGGCUCCCCGUUCUCUCGAGUUAUCUACACCACGGUUAUGCCGUGGGUGGGUUUACUGGCGGGCAUUCUUCAAGUUCCCAGCACGCUUCUUUGGGUUCAAGCCGCUACGAUUUUCGAUAUUUUUUACUACUAUUUCACGGGGGACGAGGAACGUUUUAGAAGUUGCACGGGGGAUAAUGAUGGAGUGGUUGAGCUUGGAGGGUUGAUGGCGCUUAGCCCAAGGGAGUUCCCUUCCUAUUUGCUUGCGGAAGCUUCCAAUGCCACGGAUUUUAUGAUAGCACAACUCAUGAAAGACCAUGUUGAGCUGAUUAAGAAAGAAGGGCGCCCCAAGGUUCUUGUGAACACUUUUGAUGCGUUGGAGUUUGAGGCUUUGAGGGUUAUAGAGAAGGUUGGAUUGGUAGGAAUUGGGCCCUUGGCUCCUCCUGCGGCCUACUUGGACGGGGUAGAUCCUUAUUGUGACGGGAGAGAAAAGGGUAACGAUUAUGUCGAGUGGCUGGAUUCCCAGGCUAAAGGUAGUGUGAUUUAUGUAGCGUUUGGUAGCUAUUCAGAUGUACCAAAUCAAAUGAUGGAGGAGAUUGCACAAGGGCUAGUUCAAACGGGAAGGCCGUUUUUGUGGGUAAUGAGGGAGGGUGGGAAUGGCGAAAAUCCGGAGGAGAAGUUGAGCUGCAAGGAGGACGUGGAAAAACAAGGGAAAAUAGUGCGUUGGUGCUCACAAGCUGAGGUUUUACAGCAUUUCAGCGUGGGAUGUUUCGUGAGUCAUUGUGGAUGGAAUUCCACUCUAGAGGCUCUGACUUAUGGAGUCCCUAUUGUGGGGUGCCCACUUUGGACCGAUCAAGGGUGUAACUCUAAACUCAUACAAGAUGUUUGGAAGACUGGGGUUAGAGUGAAUGUCAAUGUGAAAGGCAUUGUUGAGGCUAAUGAAUUGAAGAGGUGCAUAGAAUGCAUAAUGGGGGAAGGGGAGAUAGCACAAGGGUUGAGAAAUAAUGCUACAAAAUUCAAGGCUUUGGCUAAGGAAGCAAUGAGGGAAGAUGGCUCAUCUAAUGUCAAUCUCAAGGCAUAUGUGGAGGAGGUGCUUCUUGGUCUUGUGUGAGAAUAAUAUCUUAUGUGGAUUUUUACCUUGUCAUUAAAAAAUGUUUAAUCUGAUCUUUGAUAUAUCGGUGAUGAGAACUUAUUUAGUCGAACUUUUUAUAAAACAUUUUUACCUGUUUUAGUACAAAUAAAACAGUUUUACUUAAAA